AUGUGGCUUUUGGCUACUUCCAUCGACAAGUCAAGUAUAGAUGCUGCUCGGAAUCUUGUGGAAACUGAUGAGCCGUGGCUAUGUACAAAUGCUUACGUGAUGCAUGAUACGGGUAAAUGGAAGGAUCUCAAUUUGAAAUAUGUGCUCACAUCGUGGCGAGACCAUGUUGCAUUACCUCGACUCCCAGGAGAUAACUCUUUCCUUGAGCAUUCUUGGCCUGCAGUUCAGAAACUGAUGGCGGAAGCGCUGCAAGAGUGGGAUCAAGAUUCCGAUGGAAUGAUUGAAAAUUUCGGAAAAGCCGAUCAAACUUAUCCAUCAUGCGAAUGA